AUGGCUCCUCUUACUCUUCCAUCCAAGAAGCUCGACCGCGCUUACGAAGCUGUCGUCAAGCCCAUCCGCAAUUCUCCUCAUCAAUUCCCUAAUGAAUUCCCUGCCAAGGUCACGGAUACAGAUGAAGACCGCGAGGAAUAUCUCAAGAUGAGCUUCUUCUAUCACAUGAACCGCCCACAUACUCCUCAUCGCCCUCAACUGUCAUAUCCAGAAGUUAUCUUACGUCUGAAAGAUGUCCUUGAAGAGGUUCUCAACCAAGAGCGAGGCUACAAGAUGGCUAUUAGCACCCUUGAUGGCAGCGACGAAGAAAGCUCGGAUGUGGAUGAAGAAGAAGAGCUUGAGGACGAGGAGGGCGGCAACCGCGACGAUGAAGCCAUGGUAGAGGAUAUAGAAGAGCAUCAAGACCAUAAGGAUCUUGUGCCUGACGGAUCUGAGGGUGAUGAGUCUGAUCAUGAUGAGAAUAGUUCGGGCAGUGAGGUUGAGGAGGAUGAAAAUGACGAGAGUUACGAGAAUAGCAUCGUCGACGAAGCAACCAUGGUGGAGGACGAUGAAGAGCAUCAAGAGGAUGAGGAGGUUGGAAACAACAAGACCGGCAACAACGAUAGAAACUCCAGCAUUGGCGAAAGCUCUAUGGGAGCAGGUCGCAAGGACAAGAAUCGGAAGGCGAAGGGAGGUCCAAACAAAGUAAACAACAUCAAAAAGGGCAACAGUCUUCGACCCAAGCCAGACGGAGUGCCAGCACUGGUUAAGCGCUUCACAAGCUCCUUGGAGGAGGCAGCCAAAGCCUUAGGUAUCACCAAAAAGGCCGCUGCCGCAAGAGCUGUAAAUCUAGCUACAUUUCCUCACUGUACGAAGUGCAAGGGUCGAAAGGUCGGCUGCAACCGCAGACUGUGGGGUCAUUGCCAGAAUUGCCGAAAUGACGAGCAAUGCAAGCCUGAGCUUGAGCGUUAUAGAACCGCGAGAGGCAUCUUUGGACAAAUGAGCAAAGAGAUGGUGUACGAGAUAUGA